GUAACUGCAGAGGCAGCCAUUGCGGGAGCCAAGGCCGCCGCCGUCGCCACCGUUGCAACCGCAGUCCCCACCCUGGCGAGCGUGAGGAUGCUGCCGUGGGCGAGGGCGCACCUCAACCCAACCGGGCAGGCGCUCAUCAUCUCCACCGUCGCCGGGAUGGCCUACUUCAUCGUCGCCGACAAGACCAUCCUCUCCAUGGCCAGGAAGCACUCCUUCCAGGACGCGCCGGAGCACCUCAAGAACAUCUCCUUCCACUAA